AUGAACACUGAUAGCCCUGAUACUAGUAAACAGAAAUCAGAUAGUGUAUCCAAGCCCUCAUCUCUAAUGACAAGGAUGGAGUUAAAUGAUCAUAAAGCAGGAAUGGAGGGAUUAGAUAAGGCAAAGAUCAACCAGAUCAUUUAUGAAGCAUCGAAAGGAUCAAAAUAUUUCGAAAAUGAAAAGAAGAAGGAAGAACAAGUGAAAGAACGAAUUGAAGAACAGAAAAGAAGAAUGGAGAAAAUAACCGCAGAACAAUUACAACAUGGUUUAAAACAGGCUGAUGGUUUGCUAUCAGAGCUAGAGAGUUUGUUUGAUUUAAGUCGAUAUAUUGUACAUGUUGAUAUGGAUGCUUUCUAUGCUGCUGUAGAGAUGAGAGAUAAUCCAAGUUUAAGAUAUAAACCAAUGGCUGUAGGGGGGAUGGGAAUGCUGUCAACAUCUAAUUAUCUGGCAAGGAAAUUUGGUGUCAGAGCUGCAAUGCCUGGAUUCAUUGGUUUAAAACUGUGUCCUAAUCUUAUAUUGGUGAAAUCAAAUCAGGAAAAAUAUUCAGCCGUCAGUAAAGAAAUCAGAGCUAUAAUGGUAGACUAUGAUCCGAACUAUUGUCCAUUAAGUUUAGAUGAGGCUUAUUUAGAUUUUACAGAUCAUAUGAAGACCAGAGAAACUUCUUCAGACAAAGACAGGUCCUUUUUAGUUAAAAAUUGUUCUGUGGAUGAUGAGUCUAAGUGUAUGUAUUCUACUCAGUUUUCGAACUCUUCGCAAAUAGAGAAAGAAAUGCUAUUGAUUUGCCCUGUAUGUAAUAAACCCUAUCCACCCUAUGAAGUCAAGCUGUUUGAUAAAGAUAUAGAGGAUGCUGUUAAUGAAAUGAGGUGUAGAAUAGAACAGAGAACAAGGCUUACAGCUAGUGCAGGUAUUGCACCCAAUAUGAUGUUAGCUAAAGUAUGUUCUGAUAAAAACAAACCAAAUGGUCAGUAUAGAAUACAAGCUUGUAGAGAUUCUAUUAAAGAGUUUAUAGAUGAUUUACCUAUUAGAAAGAUAUCUGGUAUUGGUAAAAUCAGUGAACAGAUGUUGAAUGCUCUAGGUGUAGUAAAAUGUCGUGAUCUAUAUCAACAUAGAUCAUUGUUGUAUCAUUUAUAUUCAGACAUAUCAUUCCACUAUUUUAUGAGAAUUUGUCUAGGACUGGGUUCUACUACUGUUGAAAGAGAUUCUGAAAGAAAGAGCAUGAGUACUGAAAGGACAUUUCGAGAUAUGAGUAACCCAAGUGAUUUAUAUGAUAAGUGUUUAGAACUUAGUGAAUCAUUAUCAAAAGAUUUAAAUGAAGAAGGAUUAAAGGGUAAAACAGUGACACUGAAAAUAAAAACCUCAACAUUUGAAGUGAAGACCAGAGCACAGACAAUACCUGAUUAUAUCUGGGACCAGGAAACUAUAUACAAUACUUGUAAAGAAUUACUCCGAAUUGAGAUAGCUAAUGCUCAACCUAAACCUUUAACUCUUAGAUUAAUGGGUAAGAAUCUACUUAUAUGCUUCUCAUUAAGAAUAUUAGUUGCUGCUGUCCUGGCAAAAUAUCCCUCAUUAAUUUAA